AUGGCCACAAUGUCUCAAUGCCAAAGGCAGAGGCUGCCUUGUUUCUCACUGGUGGCCAAAGAUCUGUUGGAUUUGGAGAAACAUUUUGAAUUCUAUGGAGCAUACCACAGCAACCCAGCAAAUGUUGUAAUCCACAGCCUCUUCAUCUGGCCGAUCUUCUACACCUCUCUUAUCCUCUGCCAUUUCACCACUCCAAUCUUCUUCCUCCCUGCCUGGCUUGGAGGGGAGGUCCUGGCUCUCGACCUUGGGUUUGUCUUUGUGGUGAUGCUUGGACUUUUCUAUGUGUCGAUGGACCGGAAAGCUGGAUCCCUUGCUGCUGUUCUUUGCAUCCUCUGCUGGAUUGGUAGCGGCUGCCUUGCGAGCCAGCUUGGUUUUUCUCUUGCCUGGAAGGAAGUUUCAUAUUCAUAUGCUCGCAUGCUCGAUCGCAUUUGA